CCUCCUACUUUUUUCUUGCAGGCUACGCUCAUGGCUUCUGGGUAGAUGCGGCUAGGAACCUACCCAGAUUUCGCGGGACGCGAGUCGUGAAAAUUUUAACAUCCCGCACAGCCUGGUUGCUGCAUUUCGGAAAAAAUCCCUAGUUAGUUCAGGAAUUUCACGAUGCCUCUUUUCCUAUCGGAGGAGGAGCUGCAGGCCUUUCAGGGCGAUGUCAGGGCCGUUGCGCGGAAGGCGGAGGAGCAGCUAGCGUCGCUUCUCCGCCAGCUCGAGACGCACAAGGCGCAGGCGGAUGCGGCGGAGAUCAACGCGGAGCAAACCUGCUCGCUGAUAGAGCAGAAGUACCUGGCGGUGACGGACGAGAACGCGCAGCUCGAGCGCGACAAGGGAUUUCUCACCGCGGAUCUCGACCAGAAGGCGGCGGAGCUCGCGGAGAUUAAAGCGCAGGUCCAUCGCCUGCAGUUGGAAGCGAUUCAGGGGGAUGGCGAGCGGGAGCGGCUGAAAGCGGAGCUGGCGGAGGCGCAGACGAGUCGGCGGGACAUCGUGGACGUGAUCGAGCGGAAGAACCUCGAGAUCGACGAGAAGAACGCGUCGCUCAAGUCGUACCUCGACAAGAUCGUCGCCCUGACUGAUUCGCGGACCGAGUUGGAGGGUCGGCUGAGGACGGCUGAGGCAGAGGCGUCCCGCUGCAAGGCCGCCGUCACCCGCCAUGUGCAGGAGAAGGAGAUUCUGGAGCAGCACCUGGCGUGGCUGCGCGAGGACGUGGCGGCGAAGGCGAGCUUGCUGCACGAGGAGCGGCGUGCGAGGGCGGAGGGCGAGGCGGACCUGCGCAGCAAGCUGCUGGCCGCGGAGCACGAGAGGGACGACCUGCGCGCUGCCGAGGGUCGGGCCAAGGCACGGGUUGCGGAGCUGCAAGGGAUGGUCGCUCAGCUGCAACAGGAGCUGAAGAAGCGCGCAGAGGAGGAGGCGCUUCACGAGAGCCAGCUAGCUGCUGAACUGGACACUGCCAAGAAGCUGGUGGAGCUGUACAAGGAGAGUGCAGCGGAGGCGGGGGAAAAGGCUGCGGACCUCAAGGGCGUCGUCAAGUCGCUUGAGAACCACCUGAAGCAAGUGGAGGAGGAGGGGGAGAGGCGGGUCAAGGCAGCGGAGGAGGCGGCGGGGAAGCAACAGCAGGAGGUGCAGCGGCGGUGUGAGGCGUUGCAGAAGAGCCUCGAGGAGGCUAACAGGAAGGCCGCUGCUGCCAGCGAGGUUGCCGCUGAAGCUGCUGCUGCAGGUGCCGGGGGCUUGGAGCUCGUGCCUGCUCCUCCUGCUGCUGCCGGCCCCAUCCAACCCUUGGACAGGCAGCUGGCGGCGGUCCUGCAUGGGGGAGGCAGUGUGCCGCCAUCCUUGCCGCAGGCCGUGACCGGAGUGGCUCUCGCCUCCUAUCUCGUCAAGGACGGCUGGACGCUGGCGACCAUGUAUGAGAAGUACGAGGAGGCAGCAGAUGCAUGGCGGCAUGAGAGGCAGCAGCGGCGCCAGGCAGAGACCCUGCUCAACCGGGUGCUGAGGGAGAUUGAGCAGAAGGCGGGCGUGGUGAUGGAGGAGAGGCAGGAGCACGCACGCAUGGCACACGCCUACGAUGUCAUGCAGGACAAGCUCGCCCUGGCGGCGGACCAGCAGGCUGCCGUUGAGGCGUCUCUCGCUGAGUGCCGGGCGGAGCUGCGGGCGAGGGAGAGGGACGUGAGCCUGCUGUCCACAGACGUGGCUGAUCUGCAGAGCCAGGUGACUGUCCUGCUGAAGGAAUUACGGGACGUGACUAUGCAGCGUGCUAAUAACGAAGCUGCUGCUCCACCCACCCCGCCGCGACCCUCUUCGGCCGAUUUCGUUUCCGUGGAACAGCUGACCAUCACGGACAUCGAGGGCCUGGUGCAUGCAAACACAACUCUCCGCCACUCCCUGCGGCAGCUGCAGGACGACUAUAACACCCUGGAGCCCCGACUCAAGGCGCGGUUUGAGGAAGAGUUGGAGAGUCGGGCAGCAGCGAACGCCAAGGAGGUGGAGCGGGCGGUGGGCAUGUUCCGCGAGCAGGAGGAGCUGGCGCAGCGGCACAAGGCCGCUCACGACAUGUUCAAGCUCCUCUACGACGAGCAGCAGCAGCGCGUGCGUGCUGGUGCUGGCUCUCCGGCACCCAAGGGAGCACCUUCUGCUGACGCCAUGCCCAUGCUGUCCUCCCCACCUCCUGAUGGCCCUGACUACAAGACCCUCUAUACAGCAGCACAGGAGGAGCUGGAGCGGCUGCGCAAGGACCGCAAGCAGCACAUGGACGAGCUUCAAGAAGCACUGGAUGCUGCCAGGAAGGUGGCGAGUGAGUCGCGCAUGGAGCGCAUUCGAGCCGAGGCAGAGGCGCAGUUCGCCAAGCAGCAGGCACAGGCGCUGGAGAAGACUCUGGAGGAGGAGCACAAGGUGAAGGACGCAGCGGUGGCGCGCAGCAGCGAGUUUGCGGCGUCAGUGACGGGGCAUCAGAGGCAGCUGCGAGACGCUGAGAGGCUGCUGGCUGCUGCAGAGGAGAAGGCCACGCGUGCUGCCAUUGAGGCGUCGGUGCUGGAGCGUGAGAAGGCGCUGCUGGCAACAGCAGAGGCGAGGGCAGCAGCGGAGGCGGGGAGUGCGCUGGAGCGGAUGCACCGGCUGCAGGCGGCGCAUGACUCGCUGGAGAGUACCCAGGCCGCCAGGGAGGCCACGUGGGCCGCUGAGAGGAAGCGGCUGGAAGACUCCGUUGACCGCAUGCAGCGCGAAUGGACUGAGGCCAGCCGCGCCCUGGAGGCAGAGCGCGACCACUCGCGCCAGCUGGUAGAGGCCAGGGACCGAGCGGCUGCCGAUGCGGAGGCAAAGCUGAGUGCCGCAUGGAAGGAGGUGGAGCAGGUGAAGGGGCAGCUGAGUGCCGCCACCACCAAGGCCAAGACCGCUGAGGCGCGCUGUGAGGAGCUGCAGGCGAGCGUCAAGCGCAUGGAGACGGUGGCUGCUGCUGCUGUUGCCGGUGGCGGGGGUGGGGUGGGAGGUGGGAGGGGGUUGCGAUCGCCGUCAGUUAAGGUGGCGGCUGGAGCUGCUGCUGCUGCGGCUGCUGUUGCGGGUGGUGGUGAAGAUGCUGCGGCACCUGGUGCAGCUGGUGAUGCUGCUGGUGCUCCUGGUGCUGCUGCUGAUGGUGCUGGCAAGGAGGGAGAGGCAGUGGAGGGGGAGGAGGUGGAGGAGCGGCUUCAGAGGGCGGAGGAGGAGGUGCAGCGGCUCAAGGAGGAGCUGGAGGCGUCUCAGGGAUACCUGGCGCAGUACAAGGCGAUUGGGAAGGCGAACGAGGAGGCGCUAGAGCGCAUGAUGCAGCAGCACAGCGCGUUGAAGGAGGAGGCGGAGAAGGAGCGGGCGGCAGCGGCAGCAGCAGCGGAGGAGCUGAGAGUGAAGCUGAGGGAGGCGGAGAAGGGGGCGGCGGAUGCGGCUGCUGCUGCGGCGGGGCUCAUGGUGGAGCAUGAGAAGGCGUUUGCGGACGUCAGCAGGAAGCUGGACGCCGCUGCGGUGGAGAGAGACGCCUUCAGGUCGCGGGUGGAGGAGAUCGAGUGGCGCGUGGAGUCAGAGGCCAAGGAGGCGUCGGAGAUGCGGCAGAAGUGGAGGGAGGCACAGACUAACUACGAGCGGCAGGUGGUCCUGCAAGCAGACACCAUUCGCCAGCUGGACAGCGUGAGUCAGUCGCUCAACGCCGCCCAGGCGGGGCAGAGGGAGUGGCGCAGCAAGGCCGUGAGGGCUGAGGCGGAGCUGGCGUCCCUGCGGGCCGAGUGGGAGACAGUCAAGGGCGGGCUGGAGGUCGCACGUGCUGCUGCUGAGAGCAAGGCGAAGGAGGUGGAGGGGCAGAACGCGAUUCUGCUGGACCGGCUUGAGGCGCUGCGAGUGACUACGCCGUCCAAGGGCGGAGCUGGAGUGGCCUCGCCGCCGGGUGGUGGUAGGAGAGUGGGGGUUGGCGCUUCCCCGUCCCCGGCUAAGGCGCCUGGGGCAGCACCAGGAGGGACGGGAGAGGCGGGUGGAGGAGUGGGUGCAGGCGUGGGAGCAGCAGCAGCAGCAGGUGAAGGGGAGGAGGGAGAAGGAGAAGCAGGAGUGGGUGGAGUGGGUGAAGGAGUGGGGGAAGAUGCAGGGCUGGCUGAACUGCAGGAGGUGGUGCGCUUCCUGCGGCGGUCCAAGGAAGCUUCCGAGAUGGAGCUGGCCCUGCUGAAGCAGGAGCGGCUGCGGCUGACCAAGCAGGUGGAGGCGGCAGAGAGGGAGGCGCAAGAGGCUCAGCAGCAGCUCAGGGACGAGCGGACAAAAGGCGCUGCCACGGCCCAAUCCGAAGGCGAGUUCGCGGCGCUUAAAGCCCAGGUCGCACAGGUGAAUCUGUUAAGGGAGAGUAACGCCAUGCUGAGGGACGAGAACCAGAGGAACUUUGCGGAUGCGAGCGAGUGGCGGGAGAAAGCGCGGGAGGCGCAGCAGCAGGUGGGGCCGCUGCAGGCCGCGGUGCAGAGGAGGGAGGCGGAGGUGGCGGCGGGGAGGAGGGAGGUGGAGGCGGCGCGGGAGGAGGCCGGCCGGUGGCAGCGGCGCGUGCAGCAGCUGCUGGAGAAGUACAAAGCGAUCGAUGUGGAGGAGUAUCAGCGGCUGCAGGACGCGCUGCAGGUCAAAGAGAAGCGGGUGGAGCAGCUAGAGCAGGAGCUCUCAGAAGCAAGGGCUGCCCUGGCAGCAGCAAAGGCGGCUGCAGAGGCUGCAGAAAAGGACAAGGAGGUCGAGAAGAAGCGGGCAGCUGCUGAGCUGGCGAAGCUGGAGGCGCAGCGGGCGGCACUGGGUGCAGAGAAGGAGAAGGUGGAGAAGGAGCGGUCGGCAGGUGUGGAGGAGCUGAAGAAGCAGCUGGAAGUGGCAAAAGAAAAUGAGGCGAAGCACAAGACGGAGUUUGGGAAGCUGAGGAACACCGCCAUCAAGUUCAAGCGCACCAGCGAGCAGCUGGCAAAGGAGAAGGGGGAGCUGAAACAGGCCAAGGAGCAGCAGAGCAAGGAGGCAGAGGAGGCGAAGAAGAAGGCAGCAGAAGCGGAAAAGCGGGUUGGGGAUCUCGAGAAAAGACUCCAGGAGCAGACUGCAGCGGCUGCUGCAGCAGUUAAGAAGGCGGAGGAGGGGAGGAGUGCAGCAGAGGCAGCCACUGGGAAGCAGCAGGCGGCUGUGUCUGCAGCAGCCGAGGCAGCAGCAUCGGGACGGAGGGAGUCUGAGGGCAUUCUGAACUCCAGGAUUCAGCUGCUGCAGAGGCAGCUGGCAGCGGAGAAGGAGAGGCGGACCAAGAACCUCAAGAGCAUCGUGGACUCUUUCCAGAGGGCCAAGGAGAGCUAUGAUACCAUUUCAGUAAGGGUGGUGGCUGUAGAGGACUGGAUCAAGCAGCAACGCCAGGAGAAGGGUCCAGGCUUUGUGGAGCCUGCAGUGGUAUCAGAGCUGAGAGCAGCCUCUCAGGAGUAUGAUGCUGUGUUCGGUGCCAUGCAGAAGACAGCGCAGGCUGGGGGCGUUGUGCCUCCAGCUAUUCCUGCUGCUGCUGCUGCUGCUGCUGCUCCCUCUGCUGCCCCUCCUCCUGCUGCUGCUGCUCCUUUUGCGGCUGCUGCUUCUGCUGCUGCUCCUACCACUGCUCCUGCAGCUGCUGUUGCUCCUGUCGCGGCUACUCCUGCUGCUGCGGUUUCAGUUGUGCCCGCUGCUGCUCCUGCUGCCGCUGCUCCAGCCCUUGCUGUCCCUGUUGCUGCUGGUGCUGCUCUUUCUGCAGCCGCAGCAGUAUUUGCACCAGCUGUGGGCGCCCCAGCUCUCCUCCCCACACCGCCUCUUCUUCCAACUCCUGCCCUUGCUGCGGCUCCGGCUGUUUCUGCAGCCCCAGCUGUUUCUGCAGCCACCCUAGGUGCUGAGGCGAAGGUUGCAGGAGGGGAGAAGGCGGGAGGAGCAAUGGAGGUGGAAAGGGCAGCUGGUGGGGUGGGUGGGUUUGAGGAGAAGGGGAAGAGGAAGAGAGAGGCAGAGGAAGUUGCGAUGAAGGAGGAGGCCAGUGAGGAGGGGGAGGUGAAGGGCUUGGCUGAGAAGAAAGCUAGGCCUCUGCAGCCCACCCCUGUGGCUGCUGCUGCUCUUGCUGCCGGUACCACGGCUGCUGCUCCUGCCACUGGUGCUGCUGCCGCCACUGCCACCACCACUAGUGCUACCACCACCACUAGUGCUGCCACCACUGCUGCAACUACCACUAGUGUUGCUGGUGUGCCCCCCACGUCCCCACUCCGUGCUGCUGCUGCACCUCGCUUUGCCAGCGACCCCAGCAAGCUGCGUGCCAUGCUCAUGCAGUCGAUGGCCCGGGCCAAGGCCGCUGCCCCUGCUCUACCUACAGCUUCAGCUGCCCCUAGUGCUGCUGCUCCUGCUGCUCCUGCUGCUCCUGCCGCUGCUGCUGCACUGCCAGCAGCUGUUUCAGCAGCUGCGACUCCUGCUGCUGCUCCUGCUGCUGCUCCUGCUGCUGCUCCUGCUGCUGCAACUGCUCCUGGUGUAGUUGCUGUUUCUCCUCUCCCUCUGACUCCAGUGGCUGCGGAGGCGGAGGGAGAGGGGGAAGGCGGGGAGGAAGGCGAGGAGGGUGGGGAUGGGGGAGAAGGAGCAGGAGGCUCUGCUGGUCGAGGGGGGGGGAGGGUAGGUGCAGGCAGGGGAGGGCGGGCUGUGAAGCACAGGCGGAUCAUGCGGCCCUCUUUCGGGGGGACAGCAGGAGGAGCAACGACGGGAGCAAGUGCACCUGUGGCACAGGAUACGCCAGCCACAUCUAUAGCACCAGCUGUAGCACCGGCUGUAGCAGCAUCCCCUGCAGCACCGACCACGGCGGGCCUGGCAGCAGCUACUGUGACAACUGGAGCUCCUGCAGCCUUGCCAGCUGUUGCCACUGGAGCUGUUGCUCCUGCUGCUGCUGCUCCCCCUCCUCCACCUGCUGGUGCUGCCGCUUCUGCCACCCCUGCAGCUCCUGCUGCUGCUGCUGCACCUGCAGCGCCAACCGCUGUUGCAGCAGUACCUGCUGAACCUGCAGGCGAGGCAGUGGCUGCUGCUAUGGAGGUUGAGAGCGGGGUGCCAGAGCAGGGGGCAGCAGGGUCUGGUGAAACAGGCCAAGCUGGUCAAGGGAUGGGGGUAUUGGACCAGGCAGGUGACGCAGCAGCAGGAGAAGCAGCAGAGAAGGAGCACCAGGGAGAGCAGGGAGCAAUUAUGGAGGUGGAGGAUGGGCAGGUGGGUGGGGCAGGGAUGGGGGACGAGGGGCAGGGGCAGCAGGAAGGAGCAGCUGAAGUCGCAGCAGCAGAGGGUGGAACGGGUAGUGCAGGUCCUGAUGAACUAGCUGCCCCUGGUCCUGAUGCUGCUGGUGCUGCUGGUGCUGGUGUAGUGGCUGGAGCCAGUGAAGCUGCUGCUGCUGUUCUCGCCACUCCUCCCCGCUCACCAACCCCUCCAUUGACCCCAACAGGAGCAGGUGACUCUGCCUCACUGCUGCCUGGGGAAGGGGCGCCCGGGGAAGAUGCACCUGCGGUAGGGGAUGCAGGCGCAAGUGGCGAAACCACAGGGGCAGGGGAGGGAGGUGGGUUGGUACCAGGGGAUGCAGGUGGGGCAGCAGGGGCAGCAGAGGCAGCAGAGGUGCCUGAGAUUCACGUGGAGGGUCUUGGGGAGGACGAGGAAGGGGGGGAGCACGGAAUGGGGGAUGGUGGUGAGGAGGGGUAUGAGGUCAUGGGAGAUGGAGCAGAGGGGGAGGAGGAGGGUGGGCAUGAGGAUUAUGAGGGGGAGGGUAUGUUCGAUGGGGAAGGGGAAGGGGAGGGGGGAGGGGAGGGGGGAGCGGGGGAUGAGCAGGAUAUGGCGGAUGUGGGGGAGGAGGGGGGUUUGGAGAUGGAGGGUGGGGAGGAGGAGGGUAAAGCAGGGGAUGCAGUGCAGGAGGCUGGUGGACUUGUGGGUUCCGGUCCUAUUGCUGCAGGAGGAGGAGGAGGAGGAGGAGGAGCAGCAGCAGAGGCAGGUGGAGGGGCUCCAGCACCUGCUGCAGCACCUGAAGGCACACCUGAGAGUCUGACACCUGCUGUUGAUCCUGAGGAUGGCUCUGCUGCUGUGCCUGGCACCCCUGCUUCGCCUGCUGUAGCUGCUACAACUGGCUCUGCAGAUGUUCCUGCUGCCUCUGCUGCCUCUGCUGGUACUGCUGGUGCUGCUGCAGUGGAGGGGGCAGCACUGCCGCAUCAGCCAACGGGGAUGGCAAUGCGAACCCGGAGGUCCACAGCCGGGCUGCGAGGCAGGGCAGCAGCGGCAGCAGCGGGUCGCGGUGCGGGUGGAAGCGCAGGUGGUGGGGAUGCACAGGCAGGGGGGGAGGCGGGUGAAGGGGGUGCGGCGGCUGGAGGGGAGGCGGCGACGAGAGCAGCAGCCCGACAGGCGCGGUUCGGCUCUGCGAUUUCUCCGCGCCGCGGCCGAAGCACCAGGGGCCGAGGGACACGAGUGAUCAGCCUGGUGCAGACAGGAGGACGGGGCGUGGCCAGCCCACGCGGGCGCGGUCGGGGCAGGGGCGCGUCAGGGGGGUCUCCGUCUGCUCCACCUGGGGCAGGUGGUGCUGCUGGAGGAGCCGGACCUGCUUAAGUGGGUAGAUAACUCGGGCUAUUAAUUGAUUGUGCUUUUAUGUGAAAGGAAUUUCGACUAAAAUGAGGAGGUAACAUUAUUCAUUUUUGCCGAGCCGCUUGUUAUCGAGAACUGCGAGCUUCCCUUACAGAACCACCUCCCACCUGUCGUUCGGUCUCGUCGCAGCGUC